GGUGUCAUGCAGGAUUACCUGGUGCUGCACAUGUUUAACAAUACAAAACGGGCGCAAACACUCGUCAGCUUCGUAGGCACUAUCUCCUAUUUCGUAUCAGAAAUCAUGACCCCCCUGGUGCAAAUUAUUCUUGAACGACUUGGUGUACGGAUAUCGCUAUUGAUAGGCACCCUCAUGGUCAGUGGCGGCUUAAUAGCCUCCGGAUUUGCCACCACGGUGUGGCACCUGUAUCUUUCGCAGGGCGUUUGCUACGGGGCCGGCAUAUCUACAAUUUACUUGGCCAUUACGACAGUCAUACCGCAAUGGUUCGUACGAAGACGAAGUACAGCCAUGGGUAUUGCCAACAGUGGCAUAGGAUUAGCCGGCUUAAUUAUACCUUAUGCCAUGCAUACAUCUAACACUGCGCUUGGUGCUUCUUGGACGUUUCGCAUACUGGGUUUUGUAUACCUUGGAGCUAACCUGCUCGCAUGUACACUUGUCAAAGAGAAAGAAAAUAAGAAGAAGCCUUUCGAUGAAGUGACUCCAUCACAUAAAGAAGAUAUUGUUCCUGGCAAUAAUAUGGCAGAAGAUGCUGAAAAACUGAACAACACGCUUUCAAGAGCUACAGUGUCAGAACUUUUUACGGAUGUCAACUUUUUAACUUAUACUGCAUCAGCUUUUCUGCAAGUUUUGUCUAGAAAUGUACCAUUCUUUUUCCUUCCAUCUUACGCUACAUUUAUCGGACUAAGUACCACUCAAGGAACAAGUUUAAUAUCAAUAGCAUGUGCUGCAAGUUUUGUAGGCAGAAUUUUGGUGGGGAUGCUUGCGGAUCGAUUUGGAAAUUUAAAAGUGGCUGCACUGUUUGGUACAAUUACCGGCCUCUCUUCACUGCUGCUUUGGAUAUUCGCCUACACUUAUCCAGCACUAAUAGCAUUGGCAGUGAUUAUUGGGUUUUCCUUUGACACGUAUUACAUAUUAAUGCCUCCAACCUUACUGGAAAUCCUUGGUCCACAGAAAUUCACCACUGGGUUAUCAAUGCUGAUGGUAUUGACAAGUCCGGCCAUCCUCGGACCAUCGAUGAUUUCUGCUGUAGAUGAUGCAUUAAAUUGCGAGCAAUUUCUUCCGCAUAAAGUGUUUAGUGGUGUUCUACCAAUACUAAGUUCAAUAAUCAUGUUGGUUCUUGAUCGCCGAAUAAAAAAGAUGCAAUAA